GUCAGGUCAGGGGUGCCCCCCCCAAUCAGGUCCGGGUCAGGUGCCCCCCAAUCAGGCUCAGGGUGCCCUCCAUCAGGUCCGGUCAGGGUGCCUCCCCCAAUCAGGUCCGGGUCAGGGUGCCCCCCCAAUCAGGUCAGGGUCAGGGUGCCCCUUCAAUCAGGGUCCGGGUCAGGGUGCCUCCCCAACGGUCCGGUCAGGGUGCCUCCAAUCAGGGUCAGGUCAGGGUGCCCCCCCCCCCCAAUCAGGUCCGGUCAGGGUGCCCCCCCAAUCAGGUAAUAGGUCAGGGUGCCCCCCACCAGGUCAGGUCAGGUGCCCCCCCCCCCCAUCAGGGUCAGGUGCCCCUCCCCCAUCAGUGGGUCAGGUCAGGUGCCCUCCCCAUCAGGUCAGGUCAGGUGCCCUCCCCAUCAGGUCAGGUGCCCCCCAUCAGGCAUGAAUCAGAGGGCCCCCCAUCAGGUCAGAAUCAGAGGGCCCCCCCCAUCAGGUCAGAAUCAGAGGGCCCCCCAUCAGGUCAGAAUCAGAGGGGCCCCCCAUCAGGUCAGAAUCAGAGGGGCCCCCCAUCAGGUCAGAAUCAGAGGGGCCCCCCCAUCAGGUCAGAAUCAGAGGGCCCCCCCAUCAGGUCAGAAUCAGAGGGCCCCCCAUCAGGUCAGAAUCAGAGGGCCCCCCCAUCAGGUCAGAAUCAGAGGGCCCCCCCAUCAGGUCAGAAUCAGAGGGCCCCCCAUCAGGUCAGAAUCAGAGGGCCCCCCAUCAGGUCAGAAUCAGAGGGCCCCCCCAUCAGAUCAGAAUCAGAGGGCCCCCCCAUCAGGUCAGAAUCACAGAGGCCCCCCCAUCAGGUCAGAAUCAGAGGGCCCCCCCAUCAGGUCAGAAUCAGAGGCCCCCCCCCAUCAGGUCAGAAUCAGAGGGCCCCACCCAUCUGA